AUGCCCAUUCAGCGUUCCUUCCUCGCUGUCGUUGCACUUGCGCUUGCAGUGCAGGUAUCUGCCGGUCCGAUCGCGCCGUUGCGUCGAGCUCUGCCCACGCCGCCGGCCGUAUCGACGUCGAAAACGUACCUCAGCGCCUUGACGGUAGACGACAAUCCUACGAACUCGCCUGCCUACGCACGGGAUCUAUUCAAGACGUGGGAUAUCAUCUCCGGAACCUGCGAUACCCGCGAAACCGUUUUGAAGAGAGACGGAACGAACGUUGUGACGGACUCGUCGUGCAAGGCGACUUCGGGUAACUGGGUCUCACCGUAUGAUAAUGUGGCGACGACUCUCGCAAGCGAUCUCGACAUUGACCACAUCGUGCCAUUGAAGGAGGCGUGGAUCUCCGGAGCAAAGGAUUGGACCUCCGCCCAACGGGAGAGUUUCGCGAACGACUUGACGCGCCCUCAGCUUGUAGCCGUCACUGACAACCUCAACGAGAGUAAAGGCGAUAAGGACCCCGCACAGUGGCUUCCACCGCUCAAGAGUUUCCAGUGCGAAUACGUGAGGGCGUACAUUUCAGUCAAGCACUACUACCAGCUGACUGUGGAUAGCGCGGAAAAGACGGCCUUGUCUAAUGUGCUCAAUAACGUGUGCUGA